AAGUACAAAAUCCGUGAGCCAGCCCCGUCCGUGCAGAGGGGAGACGCGCGCCUUCCGCCUGCUUUCUGCCGAUUCUGCACCGACGAAAACACGCGAGGGGGGACUUUUUGCCAUUUCUCUCGCCUUUAUCGGAAGGAUUUUAACGCUCUUGCUUUUUAUAUAUAUAUAUAUUUAUACUCUCUAAUUAUUACCAUCAUUUUUUAUUCCGCCGAGCCAGAGGAGGAGAGAGGGGGAGAAAUUACGCGUUAUACUUUGGAGAAAGCACAAUGUCAGCGACCUUCCCCGGACUUGUCCACGACGCAGAGAUACGUCACGACGGAUCAAACAGCUAUCGGCUCAUGCAGCUCGGCUGCCUGGAAUCCGUGGCCAACUCCUCGGUCGCCUACUCCUCCUCCUCCCCGCUCACCUACCCGGCACCGGCGGGCACCGAGUUCGCGUCGCCCUACUUCUCCGCCAACCACCAGUACACGCCGCUGCACCACCAGUCCUUCCACUACGAGUUCCAGCACUCGCACCCGGCCGUGGCGCCGGAGGCCUACGGCCUGAACUCGCUGCACUCGGGCCAGUACUACCAGCAGCUGCACCACGGCGAGCCCGCCGACUUCAUCAACCUGCACAGCGCGCGCUCGGCGCUCAAGUCCUCGUGCCUGGACGAGCAGCAGCGGCGCGAGCUCGGCUGCCUGGACGCCUACCGGCGCCAUGACCUGUCGCUGAUGACGUCACACGGAUCCCAGGCCUACGGCGUCGGCAUGCACCACCCGGACCAGAGGCUGCUGCCCGCCGCCGGCCUGGGGCUGCCUCCGCCCACGGGGGACGACCUGCAGGGCUCCGUGGAGGCACAGUGUGGGCUCGUGCUCAACGGACAAGGGGGCGUCAUCCGGAGAGGAGGAACGUGUGUGGUGAACCCUACAGAUCUGUUCUGCUCGGUACCGGGCCGCCUGUCGCUGCUCAGCUCCACCUCCAAGUACAAAGUCACCAUCGCCGAGGUGAAAAGAAGACUGUCCCCGCCAGAGUGCCUCAACGCCUCCUUACUGGGGGGCAUCUUACGCAGAGCGAAGUCUAAGAACGGAGGUCGGUGUCUGCGGGAGAAGUUAGACCGCCUGGGCCUGAACCUGCCCGCAGGACGGAGGAAAGCCGCCAACGUCACACUGCUCACCUCUCUGGUGGAAGGUGAGGCGCUCCACCUGGCCAGGGACUUUGGCUACACCUGUGAGACAGAGUUCCCCAGCAAGGCGGUGGGGGAGCAUUUGGCGAGGCAGCACAGCGAGCCAAAAGAAACCAGCGCGCGCAAGAAAAUGGUUCUGGCGACAAAGCAAAUCUGUAAGGAGUUCCAGGACUUACUGAGCCAAGAUCGCUCUCCUCUGGGCUCGUCCAGACCGACCCCCAUCCUGGACCUGGACAUCCAGAGACACCUCACACACUUCAGUCUGAUCACUCACGGCUUCGGCACGCCGGCGGUCUGCGCCGCUCUCAGCACCUUCCAGACGGUCCUGAGCGAGAUGCUCAACUACCUGGACAAGAACUCGAGCGGGAAGACGAGCGGCCCGACCGACCAGCAGAUCAGCAACAGCUCGGAAAAGACGCAGCUCCGGAAAACAGCCGAGCAGCAGAGCAAAGACGGGAAAACAGAAAAGACUGAGUAGCCCACACCCACCUGGUCCCCGUGCCUUGGAGCGCUGCAUUUAGGAGUGUGUGUGUGUGUGUGUGUGUGUGUGUGGGGGAGUGUGUGUGUGCACAAAGGAUUUGUUUACUCUCAUCUACGUCUGUGUCUUCAUUGGGACAAUUCAUAUUUAUUGUUAUUUAUUUAUUGACCUUCUGUUGAAAGACAAACACUGAGCUGAAAUGUCCCAAAUAAGACGUCCUGUGUGAGGAUGAGCGUCGCCAUGGAGACGGCUGUGGCUCAUCCAAGACUUUUUUUUGUUUGUUUAUUUAUUAAUAAUUACAGGUAGUAGACAUAAGUGGACAUAAGUGACAUGGAGUUUUCCCAGGACAGGAGGGCUCAAAGUCAGGGCUGAAAUCACACUUAUUUUACAAUUUAUUUUUGCAAUAUAACUUUAUUUUCAAUCAAUUAUGUUCAUAAUUAUACCGAUUUUUAUAGAUUUCAAACAUGCCGGAGCACUAAAACAUGAAACGCCAUCCAAAUAUUAACUCAUAUACUUUAUGUACUGCAUUUUUUUUAAAGAAAUGGGCACAAAACAAUCAGAAAUAAACACUCAAAUUGCAAAUUAGCAACUAAACUCACACACUCCCUCACAUAUAUAUACUCACACAUCCAUUUACAGCAGGAAUUCAUAAACUGUCAGUCCAUUUAUCUCUUUUGUGUCAAACUAUCAAGCAAAAAUCUCCGUUUUGCUGAAUGGAAACGAGCCCGUUCAGGCCUCAGGCGUCCUUUCACAAAAAGCAUCUAAAACCUGAACAAACCACCUCCUGAAAGAGUUUUCUGAGGAACCUGAACAUUAAAACACUCUUUAACUCUUUCUUCCCGGAGCCUGUGAUGCAAACGCAGGCGUGAAAUAAGAAGCUCGCGAUACACUUCAUCGCCGAGUGUCUUUAAAAUGAGGAUCUCGUGUUAAAGAGAGGCUCAAACAGCACAUAAUGGCCUUAAUGUCAAUGAUUUUAAAGGUGCAGUGUGUAAAAUAUACAUGGAACUGGUCCAUUGAUAAAAAAAAUUACACAGAUUUGACUGUUUUUACAGGAGCCCACAAUGGACAAACUUCACUUAUUUUGAGUUGUUAUGUUAACUGAAGGCACACACACACACACACACACACGGCCCUCCUGUACCUGUGACAGCACUAAAAACACCUUUUUUUUUUAUCAUUAUUAUUAUUAAUUUAUUUAUUAAUUACUGUUUACAAUCAGUGCCAUGAAGUGUGUUUACCACGUGGAUGAAAGAGGGGAAAGAUGUGAAGUUUCAGGAUGUGAGACACCACUGCCUGGGGGUGGGUACACGUGUGUGUGUGUGUGUGUGUGUGUGUGUGUGUGAGACAGAGAUAAAGAGAGAGCGAGAGAGAGGAGGGUCCGACUCAGCCAUUUUGUAAGAGGUGACUUUGCGGUCGCCGUUGUUCCUCUUCCCUGUGCAUGUCUAUCUUUGUACAACCCCCCCCUCCAAAACCCUCCCCUGACCCCGCCCCCAGACCGACACGAGCUCCGACCGACUCGCUCAUGAACAUUUGUAAAGAUAUAUAUAAAUAUUUAAAUUACUUUUUUUCCUCGUAGGUUUUAACUAUGUACAUGUUAAAACCCCUACCUUCUAAAACGCUGGUGUUCA